GUUCGACCAAUGCCACGAGCGAGCGUCAAACGAGCGGCCACCGAGCCUGCGCAGGACGACAGUGUGGCCUCUACGUCCACGAUUGCAACGUCGAGCCCAGCGCCCGCAUCGACGCGGCGCGGCGGCAGAACGGCAGCCCAACCAGCAGCGUCGCCUGUUGAGGGUUCGCGCCGCCGAGUCCGCAUCGCCACUGCCGCCGACGAUGAUACUGCCGUUACUACUACUACUACUACUACUACUACUACUACUACUACUACUACUGCUGCUGUUGCUACUACUACUACGACUGGUGCUGGUGCUGCUGCGGGAGGUCGCCGUGCUGGCAGAGCGUCCACCAGCGCAAAACAAAAACAAGAACAAAACAACAAAACGCACGAGGUUGCCGCUCUGGCUGCUGCGGCUGCGUUGGCUGCAGACGCCCGGGCCGCGGACCUCGAGGACGACGAGAGCGAGGAGGAGGACGACCAAGACCACUCUACGUCCAUGCAGCUGCUGCUCCCGGCGAGCGCCGCCGCGGCUGGAGCCAAGCGCACACGCGUGUGGUCGUCGCGCCCGUCGCUGGGUUUGCCUUCGCCCGCGAUCGCUUCCGUGCAUCUGGCCGCCAUGGCCGUCUCGCCAUCAUCGCCGCAAACCAGGUUUAGUGGUGUGUCGGCCACCCGCGACGCGUCGCGCACCGAGUCCACGGUCGACUCGCCCGGAGUUGCACUCAUGUCCAGCGAUCUGCAACCCCAUGUUCCCGUCGCCGUUGCGGGUGCGCGAGGUCGUAAAGCACUGACAAAUGGCGGCUCUGGCGCAUCGUCGUCGUCUUCCCCUGCCCCUUCGAUGGGCUUCCCGAGCUCGUUGGAAAUUGCGCCUGGUCGUGUUCUGCGUGCCCGCGCGCGUGAGAAGGGCGACUCGGGCUUCUCGCCGGUGCAGCAGCGCACUUCCGGAAAGCCGCACGCCACCUUCCCGUCUGGAUCGCUCUCUGCAAACAACCCGGCGCUGGCACAAUUGCCGCCCGGCCACUGCCAGCUGAAGGAUUUGAAGGUUCGCGUCAUGUCGCUCCGCGAUGUCGCGACCGUCUACCACAUUGGUCUCAAGCUCUUCACUAAGUCGAUGCCAAACAUGUACCGUAUCUGGACCGAGUUCUCCGUCCUCGAAGCCAUCUCCACCAGCUCGCAGUUUUGCUAUGUGGUCGAGGCCGUGGUCGUUCCGUUGGCAGAAGCGCCGACGACUUUGUCUGCUUCUUCUUCUUCUGCUGCUGCUGCUGCUGCCGCUGCUGCUCAAGGAAGGAGUCGACGUGGCGCAGCGACAAGCACCGUUGCUUCACCGGCUGCGGCUGUUGCAUCCGAGGCCGAGUCCAACGACCUGGCGCUCAAACCCUCGGUGAUUGGCUUCCUCAUGGCCAAUUGCGUCGUCAAGCCGUCCACCGGCAAGCUCGGCUAUGUUGAAUGGGUUGGUGUCGAGACGCCCUGCCAGCGCCAGGGUGUCGCCACCGCCAUGUUCAAGUUCUUCCAGCGGCUCGCCGAGCAGGAGCAAGUUUCGGCCUUGCUCGCAGACACCCAGGCCAACAACCUCCCGGCCAUUGCCUUCAUGGCCAAGAUGGGCCUGAACAAGAUUUGCCCGCACGUCUACCUGACCAGCAAGCUCAUCAUUAACGACGCUGCCAACCCUUCAAGUAGUGUGGCAGCAUUGGAUGCGCCUGCAACGUCCGCAGCAGGUGCAACGGCUGGGCGUGCCGAGGAACGCGGCAACUACUUUACCCACCAUGUCCCGCACAGCUUUGCUACUGGCACAACCACGAUCGACCGCGAAUGCCGUCGCAUUUCAGAGGACGGCGUGGUCAACUACACCUACUCGUGCCCGGUUCGUGCGCCGACACCGACACCUGCAGAUGCCACCCCCGCCGAGCCUACCGCCCGCCAAAGUCGCCGUGCCGCUACAGCGGAUGCUGCGGAUGCACUGAAGAAGCGCCGUGGGCCCGAGCGUUGGCAAAUCAAUGUCCGCAACAUGGAAAUCAACGACCUGUAUCCCGUCUUUUUGCUCGGCGAGCGCGUCUUCACUGAAAAUUACUCCAAUCUGUACAACUUUUGGGAGGAGUCGACCGUGCUCGAGCUCUUUGGCAGUGAUAGCGAGUAUUGCUUUGUUGCGACCAUUCACGACGAAAUUGUCGGCUUUUGCAUUGGCACGGUCAUUGAAAAGCCGCACUCGAGCUGGAAGUAUGGCUACCUCAUCUGGCUCGGCGUGCAUCCAGGCUACCAAGGCACGGGCGUUGCCACCCAGCUGUUUGCCGUGUUUUGCGACGCAAUGGCUCGCGAGAAGGCUCGGAUGCUCAUGAUUGAUACCCAGGCCGACAACAAGCCUGCGCUUCGCUUCUUUGCCCGCAUGGGCUUUGGCCGUCCUGAAGAGCACUUGUAUCUGUCGACGCCGUCCGACUGGAGCAAGUCGUACGCAUCGAACGCUCAGUAAACGAACACAAAACAAAUAGGUUUUUUUGUUCGAGUUGCUUUGUGUGUCCAUUCCUAUCCUCCAUUCUUUUUUUUCUCUCUGCUCUGCUCUGUGAUUCGGUCGUCUGAGUCACGAACGUUUUGUCUUGAGUUUCGUUUCUGCUCUUCUUCGCUUUGUUGGUUGUUUGGCUCGUGCGUUUGUAUGGAUGUGUUGUUUUUUUCGAGUUUUCAAUGCGAUUCCCC